UGCAGCUGGUGGAGGAUAUUCUCAAGUGAUUCCAAUGGACGAGUUCAACCUUCAUCUGACAGGAGAUAUUCAUGCAAUAACUGCAGCAAAUAACCUUUUGGCAGCUCAGAUUGAUGCAAGAAUGUUUCAUGAAGCUACACAGAGUGACCAGGCUCUAUAUGGAAGACUAGUCCCUAGUGUCAAGGGUAAACGUCAGUUCUCACAGAUUCAGAUUAAUCGCCUGAAAAAACUAGGUAUUGUUGAAACUGACCCUGACAAGCUGACAGAAGAGGAGGUCAAGAAAUUUGUCCGUCUAAACAUUGAUCCUGAAACUAUCACAUGGCAAAGAGUUAUGGAUACAAACGACCGAUUCUUGAGGAAGAUAACUGUUGGACAGAGCCCAACAGAAAAGGGCCACACUCGUGAGUGCCAGUUUGACAUUAGUGUUGCAAGUGAAAUCAUGGCCGUCCUUGCAUUAACAACUUCACUGGCAGACAUGAGGGAAAGAUUGGGUAGAAUGGUGGUAGCAUCAGAUACCUCUGGUAACCCAGUGACAGCUGAAGAUCUUGGAGCAAGUGGAGCUUUGACAGUCCUAAUGAAAGAUGCCAUUCGCCCCAAUCUCAUGCAGACUUUAGAGGGAACUCCAGUAUUUGUACAUGCUGGUCCAUUUGCAAACAUAGCACAUGGAAAUUCAUCUAUCCUUGCUGAUAAAAUAGCCCUAAAGCUAGUUGGUGAAAGUGGUUUUGUUGUUACUGAGGCAGGAUUUGGUGCUGACAUAGGUAUGGAGAAAUUCUUCAAUAUCAAGUGUCGUUAUUCUGGUCUUGUGCCAAAUGCAGUUGUUCUGGUAGCCACUGUAAGGGCCCUUAAGAUGCAUGGUGGGGGCCCCACUGUUACUCCAGGAGUUCCACUACCUACUGCAUAUACGGAGGAAAACUUGGAUCUUGUAGAAAAAGGUUUUAGUAACCUUGGGAAGCAGAUAGAGAACGGUCGCUUGUUUGGUGUGCCUGUUGUGGUGGCUAUAAAUGCGUUUUCAACUGAUACCCAGUCUGAGCUGGAGCUAAUUAAGAAGUUGGCCUUGGGAGCUGGAGCCAUGGAUGCCGUAAUCUGCAAUCACUGGGCCAAGGGUGGACCUGGUGCUAUUGGUUUGGCAGAGGCAGUAGUUAAGGCUUCAAAUCAGCCUGCUCAAUUCAAGUUCUUGUAUGACUUGAAAUUACCAAUUGAGGACAAAAUAAGGACCAUUGCCCAAAAGAUAUAUGGAGCGGAUGAUGUGGAAAUUCAACCCUCAGCCCAGGAACAAAUAAAUCGCUAUAGAAAGCAGGGAUUCAAUGACCUCCCUAUAUGCAUGGCAAAGACCCACCUGUCUUUGACUUCUGACCCGUCCAUCAAAGGUGCCCCUAAGAAUUUCAAAAUACCAGUUCGAGAUGUGAGAGCAUCAGUAGGAGCAGGAUUUCUUUAUCCCCUGGUUGGAACCAACGAGAAUGGGCAAGUCCCACGUCCGCCUCCUCUUGCUCGCGGCCUUCACAUGUUACGCCGCCUCGUACCCAAGUAGGGUUGGGGGAAGUUAUCAGAUGACCACGAUGCCUGGUUUACCAACUCGGCCUUGCAUAUAUGACAUAGACCUCAACCUAGAAACUGAAGAAGUUCAGGGUCUCUUCUGAGCCAAACAAUGACAUCAGAGUACAAGGGGUUUAUGUAAAAACUGCUGAUCUUCAUGUUAUCCUAAUAGCUUAAGUUAAAAGGUGAAAGUCCUUUUUUUAUGUUGUUGUUGAGUACAUCUUAAUGUAGAAUGUAGUUUGUAGAAUUUGUUGGGCAUUUGAAAUUUUAUUUUACACACUGUGCAGUAUAUGUAUGGUAGAUAAAAAACCUUAAAAGUAUAAUCAUAGGAUUUUCUAACAUUUUACUUGUGAUAUUGUGAUAACUAAAAUAACCAUUGCUCAAUAUCAACAGAAUAUUUUUAUAGUGGUGACAAUAUUUUUGUAAUUGUUGAUGAAUUAAAUUGUAUACAAUUU